UUUUAGCGCAACGUAUUUUGGUAUGUAAAGCUCUCUCUUUAGGUUGAAGUCUCGGACAAGGAUGACAACAGUCCAUAAACAAAUGUUGCUUACCUUUGGGGAAUUCUUGUGUGCCACGGCUAAUACUGGAAAUGAGAAAAAGUGAACAAGUGCAGCUACCAAGGCAGGGACGGAGUGCAGGAUUAUGUUGGCUGCAACGAUCACAGCAGCGCUGAUCUAUGUUCUGGUGCAACGCUCUGGAGCCUUGGCCCUCGGUACAGCAUGCUGGGACGAACGGCUUUCACGAGCGGGGAGAAACAACAGCUGUGUGGCCUCACAGCCUUUCCUGAUAUUCAGCCAUGGGAAAGCUAUUCACCGGAUGGACCUCGAUGGGAAGAACCAAAGGAGGCUUCUGGCUGGGGUGGGAAGCCCGAUCCUGCUCGACUUUCAUUUUAGAGAGGAGAGAAUUUACUGGGCUGACAAACACAGUGGGGUCAUUUACAAAGCACCAGCGGGAGGAGCACACAGACAGAAACUUUCUUCUGACAAACAUAUCUCCGGCCUCGCAGUUGAUUGGAUUUGGAACAGAGUAUAUUGGACAAGUGAAGAAAAGGGAAAAAUCAAGACAAUGGAUAUAAAUGGGAAAAAUGAAAGGACUCUUUUAAGACACUUGACCCAACCAAGUAACAUAAACGUUGACCCUACUAACAGGUUUGUUUUUUGGCUGUCUGGAGGGAUGACUCCGAGUAUCCAGCGGUGUGACGUGACAGGACAGAUGAAAACUACAAUUAUAAAGAUAGCAGAAAAACUGGAAGCACUCUCCAUUGACCGAGAGGACAAAAGACUGUUCUGGGUUCAGUUUGGUCUGCAAGGAGAAAGUGCAAUUGCCUCUUGUGAUUACGACGGGAAUGUACUGCACAUCAUAAAUCAGCCUCUUAGGUCUCAGUCCAUGGGGAUAUCAGUAUUUCUGGAGCACUUGUACUACACUGAUGCUGCUACUCGGCUUGUAAAACAAGUAAAUAAGUACACUGGUCGGGGGCUACUGAAAAUAAAACACACCGCAAAACCCCCAGGUGCUGUCAAGGUGGUACACCCCCUAAACCAGCCAAUGACAGAUUCCCAAUCAUCGUUCCCAGGUUGUGAUGAGCAGAGUGGAAACUGCAUGAACGUUUGUUCCAGUCUAGCAGAGAAAGGGACCUGCCAGUGCAGUGAAGGCUUUGCUCUGAAUAAGCAGGGCACUCAUUGUGAAGACCUGAAUGAAUGUGCCCAUUGGAACCACGGCUGCUCUCUUGGUUGUGAAAAUAUCCCAGGCUCCUAUUUCUGUACCUGCCCUAAAGGAUAUGCUCUCCUACCGGACAGGAAGACAUGUGGAGAGAUCAUCCCAUGCAACGGCAAUAUCACGUGUGGCCAUGGAUGCCUGACAACAGACGAGGGGGUUGUGUGUGUGUGUCCAGAGGGAUCUUCCCUGCAGGAGGAUGGACAAGCCUGUACUGGCUGCUUGUCUGCAGACAGAGGGGGGUGCAGUCAGCUCUGCACUCCUGUCACUCCUGCAAGGUGGGAGUGUGGAUGUCUGCCGGGCUACCAGCUCCACCAAGAUGGCAAGCGUUGCAUCGCCACUGGUCCACCACCUUAUCUACUGGUUGCCAAUCUGGUGGAUGUUCGACAAAUUGACCCUGAUGGCACCAGAGAUCAAACCGUUGUGGAAGAGCCCCGAGGAGCUAUCAUAGCUGUGGACUAUGACCCUGUCCAGGAAAAUGUGUACUUUGCUAGUACAAGCCAGAAGACAAUUGAGAGUGUUAACUUGAACAGUGGGUCGAGAGACAUUCUUGUCUCUGAUGGUUUGGACUCUCCAGAAGGACUGGCGAUCGACUGGAUCCACCGCAGGAUGUACUGGACAGAUACAAGCCAGUCAACUAUUGACUGCAGUACCUUGGUUGGACUGAACAGAGAAACCAUUGUAAGCAAAGGCCUCGAAAAACCAAGAGGAAUCGCAGUUCAUCCUUUGGCAAAGAAGUUGUUCUGGACAGAUAUAGGGGCUGUUCCUGUCGUGGAAAGUGUGUCUUUGAAAGGGAAACACCGUGCCGUCAUAGCUAGCACCAACCUUGUGUCACCAAGCGGCCUGACCAUCGAUUUCACGGAGGAUCGACUGUUCUGGUGCGACCAGAGGACGGGCCUGGUGGAGACGGCUGCUCUGGACGGUUCAGAUCGACAAAUCCUGGUAGAGAACCAAGUAGGCCGACCUUUUGACCUUGCCGUAUUCGAGGACAGGUUGUGGAUAUCCGAUCGGGAGCACCAGCAGCUGAGGAGCGUUCACAAGCGCACUGGGAGAAAACUGCAACGUAUCCAUGGCAACAUGGUCCAACCAGGAUCCAUCGUGGUGGUUCAUCCCCUUGCUAAACCAGGGGCAGAUGUUUGCCUUCACUUGAAUGGAGGUUGUGCCCAGGUGUGUAAAAGCAAACUGGGAUUGGCUCACUGCUCCUGUCUGUCACGCUACAUCCGAUCAGCUGACGGAAAAAGCUGCCUGCCUGCCGAUGCAUCGAAUGGAACAGCAGAAUCUGGAGACAGCGAGUCCACCGAUCUAACGUCUCUCAAAAACAAAACCUUCAACGAUGAGAGCACCCCCCUGACCCCGGAGCUGACAGCGGAGAAAGUCGAGGAUGAUCUAGACUCUAAAGACGAUCCAACUCGCUUUACAGACAAGAUGGUUUCCGACCAGCAUGAGUGUUACUCACUUCGCUGUGAUGUUAAUGCACAGUGCCUGCCGAGCGCUGGCAGCCCGACCUGUCUGUGUCUAGAAGGUUUCACAGGUGAUGGACAGUUCUGUGCUGAUAUUGAUGAAUGCAAACAGGAAACGUACACGUGUGACAAUAAUGCAGAAUGCCAAAAUGCCAUGGGAAAUUAUCUGUGCAAGUGCCAGGCUGGAUACUAUGGCAAUGGGAAGACAUGUCAAGAGUUGGAAACCACAACGCCAUGGCCGAUGACCGGGAGUCCAGCUGAUGUCACCACCCGGCACCACAACAGCAACUCAGUAGAGGGUUGCCCCUCCUCCCAUGAGUCCUACUGUCUGUACCAGGGGGUCUGUGUCUACUUCCCUGAAAUGGAGUCCUACGCUUGCAAUUGUGCAUCGGGCUAUAUGGGGGAGCGUUGUCAGUUCAGUGACCUGGAGUGGUGGGAGCUCCAGCAGGCCGAGGAGGAGAAGAGGAGAAACGUAGUCAUCGCGGCCUGCAUGGUGCUCCUCGUGUCCCUGCUCUCCAUCGUUGCCUGCAUCACCUACUGCUACGGAACUACAAAAUUAUUCCACAAACCUCAGCCCUCAGUGGAUAAUGUGAGUGAGACCAGCGUGACAGAUGAGACUAUGUCGGAGACCACCACCUCCAGUAUGCCUCGGUUCUACAUGGUGGCAGAAAACGGCAUGGUGGGAAAGAUCAUCCCUGUCAUGGGCUGUCCCAGAAGAGCCGUCUGUCCAUCCUGCUCUUCAGAAACAGGUGACAACCCUGUGUCUGAAGGGUCGGGGACAUUGUCCCAACACAACAGAGGGUACGAGUGUUCCAUGGUGUCUGCUGUUGCCGUGGAGACCAUGCACCCCACUGUCCAUCACUCAAGUCCGUCACUGUCGAGCUCAUACAGAGUGGUGCAGGGAUGAAGAAUUUUUGGAAGACGACCCAGAAGAGCUUCCUCUACGAAAGCCAUGGGAUUUUUCUAUUGGAUUAUUGAAGAAAAUAAGCUCGGUGAAAAAACAGUGUUUGUGAUACGUCAGGAUAAUCUCAAGAUAUUACAGCUUAGUUUUCAAUACAACCGCUAUAAGUAAAACGCUAACGUUAGGCUAUGAAGGAACUGCAUCACGGUAGCAUGGCUUCACGUCACCACGACUGGAGUUCGGAUUGUGAAAUUGUUUCAUUUAGUUACUUCAUUUUGUAAGCAACCGCCGUUUUUACAACACAGACUCACCAGUAUGUUACCGAACAAAUGUGAAAAACUCUUAAGCUUUGGGUAACCACAAAAUAUGCUAACCAAAAAACCCAAACACUGACUGCUAAAAUGCUAACUAAUUUCAUGGUAUGAUGACUCAUUCCUGCACCACCCGAUCCCGUUACCUCUUUAAAGUUUAAUUCCACACAAAAAGAAACUCACAAAUGAAAGAAAUGUCAUGGAAGAUGUUACUUGCUUAAAUAUCUGGUUUGCUACUCGAAUUUCUUUCACAUUUACAUUGCCAGUUUAUUAAAGCUAUUGUAAAAACAUUUAACUCGUAGCACUAACACGAUUUAUAUUGCAAGAUCUAGUGACCGCAGUGUGUUAGAGAAAAAACCCUAAUAAGUCACACUGAAAAAAAGUUACGGAAGUUUGAAGAAAACUAGGUGUGUAUUCUAUAAUGAGCCACUUUCUUAAAUAAAGUAUUGAAAAAUGAAACCCUCUCUGCGUUAACAUUUAGGUCGUACUCAUAAAGUAUCUGAAAAUAGAGUCAUGUAAAAUAAACAUGCAUACUGUAGGUGUAUUAUUAAACAAGUUCCAAAGUAGAUCAAAAGUAUGUUAUCACAUUAUAAAUUGUUCAAAUCUGGUUAGAAUUCUGCCCCAAAAACACAUCCAUUGCUUACUUUUAAAAAGAAAUCAAAGAAUAUUCAGCUUACUGCUAGUCUUCAUUGUGUUUGUGUAGCAUAAUGCAAAGGCAAUGUUGUCAUCUAGCUCAAAAGCACAGUUUUCCCUAAUGUAGUUUUCCAUGUUUCUUUUCCACACAAGUUUGCUUUGCUCAGUAUGGGAUGGCCGACAAAAGAAUUGUAGUGCAAGGUUUUAUUCUGGACAUUUUUUGAUGCAUUUCAGCUCCUACUGAAUAAUUGACGUAAGUUGCCAUCUCUAAAAAGGGUCUCAAGUCUUCCAUCAAAGAGUGUUUGUGCAGCCUUCUCAAUAAUGCAACAUGUGAUGAUUCUGGCGUGAGGAAGUCAACACGUUUAAUAAUAAACUUUGAGCUACAAUCAAAACUUAGCUUCCCCAGUAACAAAACACCCUUUUCAAAUUGCUUGAGUAAUACAAUAAUAACGGCUUGCUUCUGUUAUAAAAAGGAUGCAUUUUGUUUUAGUGUUUGUAAAUCCCCAAUGUUUCCCCAUGUGUUCUUGAUUUCAUGGAUUCAUUAAAUGUAAGUAGUUUUCCUUUGAGGGAGAUGUAUUGUAAACUCCAUGAUUUGUUAGAAGCAGUUAAAAAUGUUAUGGCAAAGCGGAGUGAAAUACGGUAUAUUUCUCAUCUUGUCAAUCCGAUGUUGUGAUGUUAAAAAUACAAACACUAUAAAGCUACCAGACCAUAUUUAGCUAAGCAUGCCAGCAUGCACAUCAGAGCCUUAACUCAACGAAGCUAACACAACUAACCAGACACUGUGAGAUUGUUAACCAAUUGUAUAUUUUUUUAUUUUUAUACAAAAGAUCUGUGUUAACGUGUCAGUCAGUUUCAUUUUAGGAGAGUUUUUAAAUCAAGAAGAGCAAAAAUAAUGUUGAUAUUAAAUACACCCACCUUCCAGAGUGUUGAUUCACACUGUAUUCAAUUCUAUUCUUUCAGCCCGUGUACUAUAACUGGAAAUACCAAAUUGCAAGAUUAUUCUUGCCUUUAAAUCCGUCAAUAAAACUAUA